AUGAGCAAUCUCGAACGAGCACUCGAAUACGCGAAGAAAAAAGUCGACGACGAGCUUCGCGUGUUCAUCAGCGACAUCGCCAAGCGGCUGAACCUCCCAGGCGCCGCGCCGCCCAGAACGCCUCCCAAGUCGCCUGUCUCUCCCACUAACGCCUACCCGUCAACGUUCACGUCGUUUUUGAUGUCGCCGGAAUCGUCUAGAUGGGAGCAAGGGGCGCUCUAUCUUAAAGACCUAGCUGAGAAAUGCCUUCGAAUGCACGCAGACGAGUUCGGAUCGGCGUGCGAGGAUAUCGUGCACGAUUUGAAUAUGGCGCGGCAGCAGCUCCCCAUGGGAACCCUAAAGCAGCUGCACAUGAAAAUGCUCUUUAUUCUCACGCGCUGCACGCGCCUGCUGCAGUCGCAGAAGGAAGCGGAGGCGGAGAUGCCGUACGGGGGAGUGUACGGGGGGCCGUAUAGGGGCGCGGAGGUCUUAGCGACGCCGAUGGUUCGUAACCGCCCGCCUGGCUUGCCGUCGACGCUUCGAUCGCAAGCGUCCAUGGCGGCGACUCACUUCUCUUCGUUUACGGUGUCAAAGCCGCCGGAACGUCCCGCGGAGCUCCCCGCGGGCCACUCCACGGAGCACCCUGCGGAGUUACCGGCGGAGAAGGGGCGGCUGCAGCGGCAGCAGCAGCAGCAGCCGCAGCAACCGCCGCAGCGGUCGAUCAUCCGGUGGGACUCGUGCCCCGCACCGGCGGACUGGCGGGUGCGCGACCCCAAGGCGGAACAGAAGGGGGCCGCGGGGCUGGGGUUCGGCGCGCGCAAGGAUGAGGGGAAGCAGCGGAGCAAGAGCAAGUCGAAUAUGAUGGACGACUGGAGUGCCGCGGUGGCGGAGAUGAGAGGGGCUUUAGACGACGGUACCUACGCGCAGAUGCUCGCGCCGGGCGCGGACGUGCUCAUGGGGGCACAGCAGGCGCACAUGGCGGGUUCGCCCGCUCCGCCAGUUGACGCGGAGGUACACGGGUCCACGAGCGCGCGGGGGCUGCUGUGGGGGCGGGUGGCGGAGAUCCGCAAGGAGGAGGAGAUUCAGCGCGCCUUUCGUAGCCAAUCCGCGCGUGACAAGGCCUCCGGCUCCCGAUCAAGCGACUCUGCGCCGUCGCUGGCGCCUGCAGCAGCGGCGGCAGCACCGGCGGGAACGGCGGUUCGGGAGAUGGGCCCAGCGGCAGACGCAGAGGUAGCGGCGGCGCUAGGUGCGGCGUUAGGCGCAGCGGGAGGAGCGGAGUCCGGGGUUGCAGCAGCCCUAUCCGCGGGAGCUGGCGCAGGGGCAGCAGGAACUGGCGGCGCAUGGGGCGAGGCGGGGGACACGAGCAUGGCGGAAGCGAGCAUGGCGAUUCCGCAGGAGGGAAUUAAGGGGAGUGAGGGAGUUGAGGGGAGGAAGGGGGGACAGGGUGGGGCGCGGCAGGGGCAGGGGGACGUGCGGCGGGAGGGGGAGUCGGAGAAGGCGCACAGACGAGGCGAGGGGCGCAGCAGCAGAGCGUGGGACGUGCGGGUGCCAAGCGGGGAGGACGAGCGGAUGGAGAGCCGGAGGCACGGGGGGGCGAGAGAGCCGCCUUCUCCCUCGGGUAACCUUGCAGAGGACUUUGAUGAUUUGCAUGAGAAAGCAAUGAUGAGAUCUGUGUCGGGGCGAAGAGUGCAGUAUAAGUACGGGUACUGGGGCAAGGGGGAGAACGAGGAGGAGGAGGGUAUGGAUGGGAUGGUUCCGAACGAGGGGGAGCAGGAGUGUGUGGUGAUCUGUCGUAUUUGUGAAGAGGAGGUGAAUGUUACGCAGUUACAGGAGCACUCGCGGCUGUGCGCGCUCGCGAAUCGGUGCGACUCGGCGCAGUUUUCGAUUGACGAUCGGCUGAGGCGGCUAGCGGACGGCCUGGAUCACAUCUCGAACGAGCAGGUGUCGCGGCUGGGCGCCAUGUCGUUCCAACGAGUGCCGUCCAACUCGUCGUCUGCUGCUGGCGGGGCGGCCUCGUCAGGGGUACCCGCGGGGCUGGAUUCGCAUUCCCAGCACGUGGGGUCGAUGGGGGGGGUAGGGGGAGGUGCAGGGGCGAAGCAGGGUGGUGGCAGGUUCCUGUCUCCCUUGGGCAGCAGUAUGGUGUCUCAUGCAGACAUGCGCGAAGGAGACGAAGGUGGCGCAGGAGAAGGAGAAGGAGAAGGGGAGGGGACGGAUGGGUACAGUGGAGAGGAGCAACAGAUGCGCGAGCAAGACGCAGCUGAGCACUGCAGCAGAGAGAACGGGUCGUUGCACCCUGGUGUUCCGAUAAGCCCCACAGAGGAUCACCCAGAGCAUCAGGGCGCAGGGGGCAGCAGCAACAACGUGUCCAACUGGUCGUACGUGAGCCACCACCUGCAGCAGCAGCAGCAGCAGCACAAGCUGCAGCAGCAACAGCAGCUGCAGGCAGCGGGCGAGGAGGGCUCCCAGUACGAGCCGUCCAUGAGCGCAGUGACGAGCAUGAGCGGCGCCACCUCCACCAGCGGGUUCCUAUCCGCGGGCACGGCCUCCCCCAUGCCCACGUCGCCGGCAGGAUCUGCAGGCACGAGAGGGGACGGCCAUGGGGGGUAUGGGAGCCCCGGGUCGUCGCUGCUGAAGAGUGCUCUGGCGGGAGGCGGGAGGGAGCUGAUGGAGGAGCACAUCCACAUGGUGGCUCAAGAGGAGAUCGCCCUGAUGGACGACCUAGCGGACAUAGCACAGGACGUGGCAGAUGUGUCACUGGAGGACGAGAAGCCAGAGGAGCUGCUGCUGACAGACAUGAGGGACCUCACGGACCUGCUGCGCACCAACGACGCGCGCUUCCUCACCAUUGACGUGUUCGGCCGCCGCAUCACCAAGCUGCUGCAGGAGAAGUACUACCGCCUGAGGGACAUCCUGGACCACCAGAUGGGCGCGGCAGCAGGCAGUGCACUGCGAGGCUACGGGGGGACAGAUGGGGGCGAGGCGAUGCAAUAUGCGGACGAGGACGGAGAGGACGUAUUGAACCUCUCCCGCAGCGCCCGCAGCACCCCGCCCAACGCCUCUAUGGGCGGCGGCAGCAGCAUCGGUGGCGGCGGCAUUGGUGGUUUUGCUGGUGGUGCUGGUGGCCCUGGUGGUGGUGGUGGCGGCGGCGGUGGUGGUAUGGCUGCGUCGUCGUCGUCGGCUUCGGCGGCGGGGCGGGAUCGCACGACGAUAGAUGAUUUUGAGCUGAUCAAGCCCAUCAGCAAGGGCGCGUAUGGGCGCGUGUUCCUGGCCAAGAAGAAGACCACGGGGGACCUCUUUGCCAUCAAGGUGCUGCGCAAGGCGGACAUGGUGCGCAAGAACGCGGUGGAGAGUGUGCAGGCAGAGCGCAACAUCCUCGCCUCCGUGCGCAGCCCCUUCGUGGUGCGCUGCUUCUAUUCGUUCACGUGUCGGGAGAACCUCUAUCUGGUGAUGGAGUAUCUCAACGGGGGCGACCUCUUCUCGCUGCUGCAGAACCUCGGCUGCCUCGAGGAGCCCAUGGCCCGCGCCUACAUCGCCGAACUCCUCAUCCAAAUUCUCCUCUUCCUUCCUCUCCCUCCGCGCUGCUUCCCUCCCCCACAGCUGACGGACUUUGGGCUGUCCCAAAUGGGUCUAUUCAACAGCACGGGCGAUUUCGCCAUCGGCCCUCUCACCACCACAGGACCCUCCGAGCCCCCCUCCCCCAACGUCACCGCCGCCGCCGCUGCUGCUGCCGCCUCUGCUUCCGCCUCCGCUGCUGCCGCUGCAGCUGCCCUCUCAGCCUCUGCCCACCCCCCAGCCGCCCUCGGCUUCCCCAAAUCCGGGUCGAUAGAUUCCGGCGCGUCUGUCUCGGCGUCUAUCCCCACGUCGCCUCUCUGGGCGGCGGACCGGGCGGCAGACUUCCCGCCCGCGCCGUCCGGCGCAUCGUCCCGCCCGUCGUCCUCUUCCGGCCGCACUUCGCCGUUUUCGGGGGUUCCGGGCGGCGUGGGGAUGGUGGGCGGCGGAGGGGCGGGGAGUGUGGGAGGGGGAGGGGGAGGUGCGGGGGGGAUGGGGGGCGGAUCGGCGUCACCUGCGUGGAAGGCUGAGGUGGAGUCGUUGCAGGGUGCCGGGCAGAGUGCGUCGGCGGAUGUGGAGAAGAAGAAGGAGCAGACGGUGGGCACUCCGGACUAUCUUGCUCCGGAGAUUCUGCUCGGCACGGGCCAUGGUGCCACGGCGGAUUGGUGGGCUGUUGGAGUGAUGCUAUUUGAGCUGCUCUGCGGCGUUCCUCCCUUCAACGCGCCCUCUCCAGAGAUCAUAUUUGACAACAUUCUGAACCGAGACAUUCCAUGGCCGGAGGUGCCUGAGGAGAUGUCCUAUGAGGCCAUGGACCUCAUUGACAAGCUGCUGCAUCCGGAGCCGUCGCUGCGGCUGGGAGCGAGGGGAGCAGAGGAGGUGAAGGCGCACCCCUUUUUUGACGGCAUCCGCUGGGAGACGCUCGCGCAGGAGCAGGCGGUGUUUGUGCCAAGCCCAGACAACCCGCACGACACGGGGUACUUUUUGACGCGCGGGUGGCAGCAGGAGCCGGGCGGCAUGGACGGGGGGAACAUGGCGAUGGGCAUGGGCGAGAGCGAGAGCGCCAGCAGCGACGCCUGCAGCAGCACGUCUGCAGACGACUUUUACCAGGGCGAGCAGGGGGACGAGCCCGGGGACAUGAGGAACUUCUCAGACAAUGUCGCUGCUGCCUUCACCAACUUCUCCUUCAAGAACCUCUCCCAACUGGCUGAGAUCAACUAUGAGUUCCUGGGCCGGCAAAAGAGCCCUCCCAGCCAUCUCAAGUGA